AUGUCUGAGCAACAAUCCAACGGAGCUCCGGCGGUCGAGGGGCUCAGUGAAAGAACCCGGGCCAAAUGGGCGGCUGCAUCGACGCCAGAGAAAAUUGCAGCGAACCUCCCUCCAAUGCUCGACCUGACCAUUGAGAACAUCACGGAGAAUGUGAUGAAGAUCAACUCCAUGUGCGACAACCCGCGGUUGAGAUAUCUGAUCCUGAAGUUGAUUCAGGCGGCCCAUGACUACGUACGGGAGGUUGGCCUACAAUUUGAUGAGUGGGAGCAGGCUUGGGAAUUCCUGACCAAAGUCGGUCAAAUCUCCACCGAUGUCCGUCACGAGUUCGUCCUUCUAUCGGAUAUUCUGGGGAUUUCCGCGCUAGUCGAUGCCAUCUCGUACCCCGCUGUGCCUGGUGCCACUGAAUCCUCGGUGCUGGGUCCCUUUCACGACGAAGAGGCGCAUUCAUUCCAGUACGGAGAGUCAAUCUUCACGGAGGGCACCCCCGGCGAGCCCACAAUUGUACGCGGUUGGAUCAAGGAUACAGAUGGCAACACCGUGCCGAAGGCAUUGAUCGACGUCUGGGAAACCGACGGCAAUGGAGUGUACGAUCUGGAGCACGACGGCAACGCAGACCCCAAUUGCCGUGGCAAGAUCUUCUCCAAUGAGAAGGGAGAAGGGCCAUUACCUCUUCCUCAUAUGCAUUUCAUGAUCGAGCACCCUAAAUACACCAAAUUAAUCACCGCCCUGUACUCCCGAGACAGCAACUUUGUGGAGAGCGACACUGUGUUUGGAGUGAAGAAGAGCUUGAUUGUGGGCUACAAGUGGUGCGAGGACUUGGAGUUGGCUAAGGAGCACACCGUGACGCCGAUUGUCAAGACGAUCGAUGGCAAAGAGUCAACUGGAUUUUGGCUUCUGGAACAGGACUUUGUUCUGGUCAAGAAGAGCCCUCCUCCUCCUCGUAAGACGGAGGAUUGA